CCUAAAUUUCGUUUUUAGUACAAGUUUCCUUUAUGUCUGUAACUUUUCCCCUACUUCUCCGUAUAUCAUUGGUCAUUACAACUCACCGUACAAUCCCUAACCGGAGAGCAGAUCAACAUCUCCACAAUAUAUAAACCUCCGAAGAAGAAGAGACUUCACCUUAUCAGAAUCCGGCGAAUUCCGAAAGAUUUCACUUUCGGUUCACACACAGAAGAGAGAGAGAGAGAGAGAGAGAGAGAGAGAGAGUAAGAAAUGGCGUCGUGGAAUUCUGUUCAACUGGAAGUUCUAUCGAACGUGUUGGGAUGGUCUGCUUUCGUGGCUUGGUCCAUCAGUUUUUAUCCCCAAAUCAUCAUGAAUUUCCGAAGGAAAAGUGUGGUAGGACUGAAUUUUGAUUUUGUGGUGCUGAAUUUGACGAAGCACUCUUCAUAUCUCAUAUACAAUGCUUCCCUCUUCUUUAGCUCUGUUGUUCAGGAUCAGUACCGCCAGAAAUAUGGACUCCACCAGAUGAUACCCGUAGCUGCCAACGAUGUAGCUUUCUCGACACAUGCUGUUCUAGUCACCGCAUUUACCUUGUUCCAAAUUGCAAUUUAUGAUCGUGGAAAUCAGAAGGUCUCAAAGACUUGUAUUGCAAUUGUUUCUGUUGUGUGGUUAGCUGCUGCAGUUUGUGUGUUCGUAGCUUUGCCGAGCCAUUCCUGGCUUUGGCUAGUCUCCUGUUUUAACACACUGCAGGUCACUAUGACAGUCGUCAAAUAUAUUCCUCAGGCGGUUAUGAACUUCCGGCGGAAGAGCACAGUUGGAUUUAGUAUUGGCAACAUUUUACUUGAUUUGCUUGGAGGGGUGGCAAAUUAUGGCCAGAUGGCUGUGCUGUCUAUUGAUCAGAAUUCCUGGGUGAACUUUUAUGGAAAUAUAGGGAAGACAUUGCUAUCUUCGGUGUCUAUCUUCUUCGACCUACUAUUUAUCUUGCAACAUUAUGUGCUCUAUCCGACCAAGAAAAUGACCACCACUCCUAAUCCUGAUAAGGUAAGCCAGGAGCCACUUCUUAAAUCUUCUGAUGACACAAAUUCAGAAAAUGUGUAGCCAUUUUGGCUUUGAAUAUCUUUAUUGUAAACUAAUGACACAAAUUCAGAAAAUGUGUAGCCAUUAAUUUUGGAUCUGAAUAUUUUUAUUGUAAAAUUUAAAAUUCCAUGUGAAAAUUCGUCUGAUUUGCCCUCUUAUAUAAUCCCCCGUCUGUAUACAAAGGUACAUCAUAAUGUGAAAAUUUGUAGUGAUUAUGAACAGUACAUUUAGCAAGAACCAGUUGUAUUGAAAGAUCAAAUUAGCUAUGAAGCUCUCUCUCUCUCUC